GGGGAGAGGGAAGGGAAGGGAAGGUGGGAGUUGGGUGUUGGUGUUUGGGUGAAAGGAAAAUAGAGGGAGGGAGAAAGAGAGAGAAAGUGAGAAAUUUAAUUGGAAUAAUGGGGAGAGGUAGGGUUGAGUUGAAGAGGAUUGAGAACAAGAUCAACAGGCAAGUGACCUUUGCCAAGAGAAGGAACGGACUAUUGAAGAAAGCCUAUGAGCUUUCCGUUCUUUGUGAGGCAGAGGUUGCUCUCAUCAUCUUCUCCAAUAGAGGAAAGCUGUACGAGUUUUGCAGUAGUUCAAGCAUGCUCAAAACCCUGGAGAGGUACCAGAAAUGCAACUAUGGAGCACCAGAGCCAAACGUUUCUGCAAGGGAUGCCCUGGAGCUAAGUAGCCAGCAGGAAUAUCUGAAGCUUAAAGCACGCUAUGAAGCCCUGCAGAGAACCCAAAGGAAUCUUCUGGGAGAAGAUCUUGGUCCUCUCAACAGCAAGGAGCUUGAGUCACUUGAGAGGCAGCUGGAUAUGUCACUAAAGCAAAUCAGAUCAACCCGGACUCAAUACAUGCUGGAUCAACUCACUGAUCUACAACGUCAGGAACACUUUCUUAGAGAAGCAAAUAAGAACUUGAGAGAAAGGUUGGUGGAAGGAUACCAUGUACAAUCACUUCAACUGAAUCCAAGUGCAGAAGAUGUGGCCUAUGGAAGACAACAAUCUCAACCUCAGGGUGAUGGCUUCUUUCACCCCCUGGACUGUGAACCCACCCUUCAAAUUGGAUAUCCAACAUACCCAAUAACAACGGCUGGACCAAGUGUGAGUAAUUACAUGGCAGGAUGGCUACCAUGAUCAUCAUAAGGAGAUCAAGAGAAAGGUCUCAGCCAAUGAUGGUUUUCACUCCUUUUUCUAUAGAACAAAAGUGAGCAGAUCCUGUCUCUUUCUACAAAUCUGCUUUGUUGUAUGUUUAUUUGAUUUAAACAACAAAAACUGUAACUCUCUUUCUGCAUUUAAGCAGGAGGAACACACUCUUGUUGUAGUAAUUUAAUGUGUGGGUGCUAAUGCUAGCAUGGGGCUUCUCUAGCUAAAAAAUUUCAUAUCAAAUUUGUUUAAUUUGAAUUUCUUGUUUA